AUGAAAAUGUAUUUUACAAAUAGCUUAAUAUUUAUCGUUAGGUACAUUAAAUAGCCAUCAAGCUCCUUUGUCUCCCCAGUUGGGAGUGCGUGUUGUUCCUGCUGGAUACAAGUCGGGUAAAAUGAUUUUAAUGUUUUUCGUAGACGACGAGUCUUCGUAGUACAAGCUAAAAUCCCAUAUAAGCAGCUGAGCUUUCCAACAUAUUUCACAAACCAAACGUUUUCCACCGAGGAACAACAGCUCCUAAAAAUGUUUAAAAUGCAAUACUUUUGCUCUUGCUUAAUUCUUCUUUCAGCAGGCUACUUACAUGAAAAAAAAGUUAGCGGUCAAGAAGUUCAACUACCACCAGGACAAGAGUGCCAAAUGACACCGGUUAUACACGUGUUGCAACAUCCUGGUUGCGUUCCCAAGCCAAUUCCCUCAUAUGCCUGUAUAGGAAAAUGUACGAGUUAUGUUCAGGUAUCAGGAAGCAAAAUUUGGCAAAUGGAAAGGUCGUGCAAUUGUUGUCAAGAGUCAGGAGAGCGAGAAGCAACUGUAAUUCUUUUCUGCCCCAAAGCUAAGAGCGAAGAAAAAAGAUUUAGAAAGGUUACUACUAAAGCUCCUCUAGAAUGUAUGUGCCGUCCGUGUGGAAGUAUCGAAGAAAGCGCUAUUAUUCCUCAAGAAAUUGCUGGUUACGCUGAUGACUCUCUUUUAAGUAGUCAAUUCAGAAAAAACUUCUAAUUUUACUUUAAACUUCUUCGCCACUAUAGUUAGGAACGACCUUUUAUAUAUUGUGAAAUAUCUUUGAAAAUAAAGGCUAUUGACCAGUA